AUGGAUGGGAACAAAGAUGAGGCCUUGAGGUCUGUCAAGCUUGCAAAAUCUGCAUUUGCAUCUGGGGAUAGGCAGCGUGCAGAAAAAAUAGUUAAAAUUGCUCAAAGAUUGGACCCCAGUCUUCCACUUGAUGAUUUGUUGAGCCCAGUUGAGAAGGUUGGCAUCCUGAACAGUGCUACUUGCAAAGACAAGACUGGAAGAGGCCAAGCUCGUGUAGACCCAAAAACACCAAAAGAAUCUGUUGGUCCUUUAAAUGUUGAUCAGGCUUACACUGAGGAGAAUAUUAGAGUGGUUCAGGAUAUCAGGAAAAAGAAGGAUUACUAUGCAGUUCUUGGAGUAGAGAGAAGAUGCUCUGUGGAGGAAAUUAGGAAGGCCUACAGGAGGUUAUCACUGAAGCUUCAUCCUGACAAGAACAAGGCUCCUGGGGCAGAGGAUGCUUUCAAGUUGGUAAGCAAGGCUUUCAAGUGCCUAAGCAAUGAUCAGUCGCGGAGGACUUAUGAUCAGACAGGAACCAUUGAGGACCAUGAAUUCAAUGAGCAAUAUCCCAAUGUCAUGAGGCAGGGAGCUGCUAGGCAGAGGAGGCCAGCAAGAAGUGGCUUCUAUAACUACGAAGAAGAUUUUGAUCCUGAUGAAAUUUUCAGGUCCUUCUUUUAUGGAACCCAUGAUAAUCUGUUCCAUGCUCAGAAUGCCUACAGGGCUAGGGGAACAGGAAGGCAACAGCAACAGAGAAGGGAGCAUUCAGUGCAGGCGCGUGGGUCUGAGUAUUCCCUGCAAAAGACAUAUUACUUCCCCAUUUCAAAGGUCACCCAAAACCAAGGGGUGGAGUACCUCGUCAGCAAACAAGAUUUUGAUCAGCGGUUUCCACAUGGGAGUCAGUCUAGAGAGAAUCUUGAACAGCAUGUUUUGAAGGACUAUAAGAGUCUGCUUGGAAGAUAUUGCCAUGUGGAACUCCAACGGUGUCAAUGGGCCAAGGACUACCCUACACCUCACUGCGACAGGCUAAGGAGCCUGUCUGAGGCGUGA